UUUGUGUUUCUUGCAUCUAUGAGUGCGGUCCGGCAACCGCUACAAAUGCUUUGAAGCGUUUCUCUUUCUCGUUCUAUUUCUCGGAUGCAAACAAAGAAAGAGAGAGAAGUAAAAACGCUUCGAAGCAUUUGUAGCGAUUGAUGGACCGCACCCUAUUUGUCAUGCUUGUAAUGCUUAUAACGCUCAUAGUGGUAUAUGUAUGUACUAAUUUCCAUCAUGGCAACAUAUAGCGUUAAUAAAUGGUGUUAGUAAACACGAAAUUGGGGAAGGAAUUUAUAUUUUGACAGUUAAUAUCUUGAAUAAUGUGUGAAAAUAAUAGUAUAUGAUUAUUAUAGAUCAACGAUGAGUCCCAAUAAAAGAAGAAUGAUUGUGUCAGAUGAGUCAAGCGAAGAUGAUACUUUCAAGCAUCGGCGUAGCUCUUUGAGAGUUAAUUUAAGUUACUUUACAAAUUUUACGGAUUCUGGUAAUGAAUCUCUCGGAAGAACGGAAGCUGAGAAUGACGAAAAAAGGAUGGACAAAUCACAAAUUGAUAGAAGAUCAUCAAGGAACAAACAUCUAUCUAAUAGUCAUAAUAAAACUUUAAGAGCCACAGGUAAAAAAGGCAAAUAUACUGAAAAUAAAGACAGCAAAGUAUCUCUACAAGUCAAAGGAAUACAAUUAAAACAUCUUACAAUAAAUCUAGAGGACAUAAGUGCUAAGGAACAUGUUCUCGAUACAAAUUGCAAACGUUUAAAAGAUGCCAUUUUAAAUAAGACUAAAGAAAUAUUUGAUAAACAAGAUGAGCUUACUGUAAAAACUACAAAGAUAUUGGCAAACCAAGAAAAUUGCUCUAUAAGUAAUAUGAUACAUAAUUUAAAUGCUGAUAAAUCAACUAGUCAGCAUUCUGAAAACAAAAAGUCUAUGAUAUGCAAUCAAUAUAUUGAUAUUGCAAACAAACAACGGAAAGAGAACGAAUGCCUUAAUAUUGAUGCUACACCAAAGAAUGGUGAAAGACGAAAUUCUGAAAAAGUUGUAGAUAGAUCUAAAGUAACUCCAAAAUAUUUAUUUGCUGAAAAAAGGAAAAAACAAGGAUGUAGGAUUAUAACUGAUGUUAUUGUGGAUAAACCGUUUUCACUAUUCCCUCUCAAACAGGUAGAUCAGUGUGGUAGUCCUAUAAUAAGUGGCAGUAAUAGAAGACUGCGGUUAUCAAGAUCACGGUCUAAGUUAUUUUCACAAAAUCAAUCUGAAAAUUAUAAUAAGACACACUUGACUGCAUAUUCUGAUCACAGUAUUAAUAUAGGACAACCUAUUACUUCUUCUACUUUUAUUGAAAAUAAUACAAAGAAUGAAGAAGGAAGUCAUCAUGAUGAAGUAAACCAGCAAAGUAAUAUUAAUAUAUCUCAGCCUAUGCAUACAAUAAACACAUUAGUAUCUAUGAAUAUGACAGAAACGCAUGGUGGUAUUCAAUUUAGAGAGAAAUAUUCGUCUUUGUCAAGUGGAAAUUCAUGUAACAGUAUUAUCACCACAGAGAAAGAGGAAUUCAACAAUAAAAAUAUGGAGCAAGAUAAGAAUGGGAUAUCUGCACAGGUAUUACAGAAUAUUGAUAAUUCUUUCAACAAGCUUAUUUUGCAGAAUAGUAGUACACAUUCAGAUAUUGCAAAUAAUUCAAAUGCAAUAGAUGUGUGCUCGAAAACAAGAAUUAUAUCCACACAAUCAGCAUCUGCGGAAGAAAUGACAUUCACCACAAGGACAUGUGAUGCAUUACAAGCUCAAAAACAGAAUAAUCAGAUCAUGAAACAAAAUAAGAAACAAUGUACCUUGAAUCUCUCUGAUAAUAAUUCAAUUCGAUCGUCUUUAAAUGUAAAUACAUCAUUGGAUGCAGUAAUUGGAAACAGCAAAGAAAAAAAUAUAAAAGAACUAGAUGACCAUGGAAUUACUGAUCGAUGCCUUAAAAUCACAAUUAAUGAUAAGGAAUCAAUAAUUUUGGAUAAUCAGCGUGAAAGUACAAAUACGAAUCGCACUUCGUUGCAAGUGAAUACAUCGAUAGAUUCUAUAUGCGACACGUGGCGAAGGAAAAAUAAUCAUUUUAAUGAACAAUCUUUGAUUGAAAAUAAAAAGAAUAAACAUCCAAUAGAUUGUGCAAGUACAGAUAAUCGAACUUCAUUAAUAGCUGAUAAUAUGCAAGUAAAUGAUGUAGAUUCUUUGGAGAACAUCAGUUUAAUUGAGAGAUUAAGAAAUAUCACUAUGUGGGAUAAAGUUCCUCACAACGAUAAAUGGAAAAUUCCCGAAAUGGAAAAUAAAGAAAGAACGGAUAUUAAAUCUAGCAACGUAAUAAGUGCUAAAUUUCAAAGUAGUGAUUCUGCAAAUAAUAACAGUAGAGACAGUCAUAGCUACGUCGAAGGAACUCCCUAUCCAAUUAGUCGUUCAGUCUUAUUCAAAAUGCAAUUGAAACAUAAAACACAAAAUUCAAAUAAUAAUGAAGAGAAUAACGAUAGAACUAAUUCGAAUGAUUCGAAUCUGACAUCCAUCUCAAAUAAUAUGCAUAUGUCAACUGAAACAUCGAAAGAGAUUGAAAAUGAUACAGUUAUUUUAAAAGACUCAGCACUCAACUGUAAUUUUUCCCUUAAUCAAGAGAAACCAACGAUUAUUGAAGAUACACUGAAUAAAACAGGACUUGAAAUAAAUGAAGGGAACACAACUAUUUUACAAAACGCAGAAUAUGUUCCAAAAAAAAGAGGUAAGAGGAAAUUAUUGCCACUUAACGAAAAUUCUCAAUUGUGUUCCAUCGAGUUAAUAAAGGAACAUAGCGAUACGUCUGAAAAAUCUGUGUCUAUAAGAAGAAAUAAAAAGAAGCUAAAAAAGAAACGACCAAAAAAGAAACCGAUAGAUCCUAAAAACGAUGCAAGUAGUGUUGAGGAUAAUAUUGUAAGCAAACAAGUGUCCUCAGACGACGACUAUGAUUAUGACAUACCUGAAAAUAAGAAAAAAACAAAUAAGAAAACGCAGAAACCAAAGAAAAUUGUUAGUAAGAAAAUUGUCAUUAAAAAAUUCGUGAAUGAAAAUAUGUUGAGUAUGAUAGCAAAAGAUAGACAAGAUAAGGGAAAUCUGUCAACGGAAAACAGAAAUUCCAUAGACGAUUUCGUGGCACAUCGAAUGAUAUCCACCCAAUGGAAUAAGUAUAAGUCGCAAAAUAUCGUUAUUGUAACAACUGGAUUAUCGAUAGGGGAUAAAAGUUUGGUGAAGAGUAUCGUGAAAUCUCUUGGCAUGGCAAAAAUGGAGUUGAACGUAUCUAGACAUACAACUCAUGUAGUGAGUACAGGUGUACGUACAGUGAAUCUACUUCGAGGGAUAAUAAGAGGAUGCUGGCUUAUUACAUUAGAAUGGGUUCUCAAAUCUUUGGAAAGUAAUGUGUGGUUGAAUCCUGAGGAAUUUGAGAUGAAACAUUUCUCUAAAGCUGUGAUGGAAAAUCGGGAGGACAGGCAAUUAUUUGGGCUGUCGUACAUCCCAGAAUUGUUCACUGCAUGUGGAUUCAUAUACGUAGAGCAUAAAACCACGAUGCCGUGCGAUACGCUUAAAGAGCUUAUAAAGACAGCAGGCGGGCAUAUUACUGAAAAUCCUAAGCUCGCUAGAAUUACUGUUGGCGCAAAUGGUCUGAAGGAAACUUGGGUUAUAGAUUCUAUCACAACGGGUGAAUUACAGUCAACUAAACUUUAUCAGAAAAAGUGAAGAGAGAUCAUGUCUUCUAUGAGAAUAUAUAUAUACAUUUAAAAUUAUGUUUACUAUAAAGUACAAAAAAGAGAUUUGUAUAUCGAAUAAUUAACUUCUAUAUAAUUUAGUUGAUAAAGAAUUAUAUAUUUAUAAUUUGUAUACAUGGGUUGUAUAUAC